UUUCACCUUCAGUCCGUUCGACAGUGUGGAGAAGAUGAGGCCUCUGUCCGUCAGCAGACAGUCAGUGUCCAGCAGGAAGAGUUCAGUGUACAGCUGGACGGCCCCGAGUACCCCGUCCUUCACCGAGAAGUACUUCAUCUCGAUGGUGCGUGAGCUGCAGCAUCGAGAGGGGUCCCUCCCGUCCCUCGUGUCCAAGAGUCGUCACAACAGAGGAGACGUGUCUCUGCUCAGCUACUUGUCCAACCCCGUCCACAGCCCAAGGAGCCCCUAUACCCCGAGUCUGACUCGGGCUCACAGUUACCCCUCCAGCCCCAGUCAGGGCCCCAGUCUGGGGGGAAGCCAGACCCAGCUCUCCCUCGGGGAGGAGGAGGGAUCCCUGGAGGGCUCCUCAGAGGAGAGGGAGGGGAGCAAGAGGAUGGAUGAGAGGGAGGAAGAGGAAGAUGAGGAGGGAUGGGGAGGAGAGUUAGAGACUUCGUCGACAUCAGCGAAGAGUAAGACGGGAUCUCUGCAGAGGUGCAGCACUCCUGACAUCCUCAGACAGAACCCAGCUGGAGAAGCAGAUGCCGAGACUCACAGUGCAGCUCUGAGGCAAAACACCGUCAGUGAGAAGAAGGACUCCCCAGACUCUCAGUCAUACUCUUCCCCAGCCUCACCCACUCUCCCUGUCCAGCCGCCUGCUGCAGCCCCGACCCCCGCCAUGACGACCGCUCCGACGUCGGGGAGGUCAGGUGGGAGCGGUGCCCUGCGCAGGGCUCAGGCCCUCAGGCUGGGGGUCCUGAUCGCAGAGCUGGAGAAAACGUUACAGAACCAGAGUCUGUCGGAGAAAGGGCUGAGAGCGCUGGACCACCAGAUCCUGCACCUGGCGACCAUACUGAAGAACGACCUCUCCCUGUUGAGAAGCUCAUCCUCAGAGGAGACGCUGGCCGUCGAGGAAGUCCUGGGCAGCUUUGACUUCCUGUCACGUGACUUCAAUGCAGAUGAUGACACUUCCUGUCUGGGCAGCCUGAGACUCAAAGACAGUGGCAUCAGCUCCUUCCAGCAGAGCCUCGGCCUCCUCUCCCAUCACAGCCAGUCAGCUUCCGAGGAAGAGUUGGUUAUUGCCCCACUGACUUCUGGGAAUUGGGGUCUUGACCAAGCUCUGGAGACUCACCUGGAUAUUUGCCUCAUCCUGCUACAGUUGAUAAAAACGACCGACUUCGGCCUGUCGAGGACGGACCUGCUGGAGGAGACGUCUCUUCAGGCCGACGUCCUGGACAGAGUCAGCUGUCUGCUGCUGGAGAGGAACGACAACAUCUCUGCUCGGGACGUCCUCCCUAAGGCCCAGAGAACGAGGGAUGUGUUGUUGUUCUGGGAGGAUUGUGUGAAGGACAGCAGCUCUGUCUUCUGCUGCGACUCCAACAGCUUCAUCAGGGCGCUGAAGAAACGCUACACGCACAAGGUGAAGGCCAAGCAGCCCGGCCAAUCAGAGAAAGUGUUCUCUCAGCUCCUGCAGCAGGUGCAGGCGGCCUGUCGCACGGUGCCCAGCCCUCGGUCGAUCUGCAGCCCGGACAGAGUCACCGUCUUCCAGCUGUCGGUGCAUCUGCAGCGCUGGAGCGUCCAGGAGCUGGGAGAGCACAUCUCCCGCCUCUCCAAAGAAGAGUACUUCCUGUCGGCCCUGAGGAGCCCCAAACGGCAGCGAGCUUUAAACAAACUGAGGGGGCGGAGCAUCACAGAGCUCCACCCACUGGGGUGCACGCUGCAGACCCUCGCCGCCCUGCAGGUCGACCCCAACCACAAAGUCUGCAAAGCUGCUGCCAACUGCCUCUGCAGAGCUGCAGGCUGCAAGGCCUUCAGGAGCAAGGCGCUGGUUUACUACACGGAGAGUUUAAAAAGCACUGAGGUUCAAAUCCAACAUGGCUCCUGUCUGGCUCUUAAAUGCCUCAGGGCGACAGAGAGCGUGGACCACAUAGCAGAUUUGUGGAGAUCAGCAGAUGAAGAUCUUCGCAGCGCUGCCAGAGAGACCGUCCUCUCAUUUGGUAAGAAGGGCUUCGAGGCCUUCCAGAGGAUGGAGCAGCUGUACACGGAGAUGCAGGAGGAGGCUUUCCAGAACCAAGAGACUGAGAUCACGAUUCUAUAGGAAACAUUUUUAUUUAAAAACAAAAGAGCCGAACGUGAAGAAUCUCGAUGCUCCUGAGAUCCUGAGAGGUUUGAGCUGGGUGAAGUUUAUGAGCCUGCACUGAAGGACAAGGCGUCUUAUUUUGAAAAACCUGCACUUGAACCUUCAUAAUAAAGGUGAUGUGAGCAGAGGACGAGCCGAUGAUGGACGCAUGGACGUUGAAGUGACUUUUACUGGGACUUGAUUUGAGUCAAAUAUGAAAAGUUAUGUUGAAAAAUAAAAUAAAAUCUGUUCUGUUUCAA